CUUCUUAUGUGGUAGAAAUGAAGAUGAAUGGGAGAGUACAUUAAAGAAACUUUCUAAAUUUCCUAACAAUAAAAUCAAUGAUGUGCUCAAAAUAAGCUAUGAUGGACUAGAGGAAAAUGAAAAAGAGAUUUUUCUCGACAUUGCAUGCUUCUUUAAGAGGAGGAAUAGUGAGUAUGUAAAGAAAGUCCUCAAUAGUUGCGAUCUUGAGGCAGAAAUAGGAUUAAAAAUUCUCAUUGAGAGGUCCUUGAUAAAAAAAAAUGAGAGCGAUGGACAACUACAAAUGCAUGACCUGAUUCAAUCGAUGGGUAAGGAUAUUGUGAGACAGGGAUGUCGCGAUGAUCCCUGGAGACACAGCAGAUUAUGGCGAUAUGAUGAUGUUGCCAAUGUUCUGUCAAGCGACAUGGGAGAUUGUGUUGUAAAAGCCAUUGUGUUGGAGCCACCCAAACUGAAAGAGCUAAGUAUCCAUCCUAAUGCCUUUACGAAAAUGAGAAAGUUGAGAUUGCUCAUCCUAUCCAAUGUGCGUAAUUCUUUCCACGGCCCUAUAUGUCUUCCGAAUGCGCUAAGAUGGAUGGAUUGCACUGGAUGUGAUCCCUGGAAUCCAAAAUUUUCAUCCGGUCCAAAGAAAUUAGUCAAUCUUUAUAUGAGGAAAGGCAGUAUCACAAAAAUUGUAAAACAAUUAAAGGACUUCAAACAAUUGACGUACGUUAAAUUGAGUGACUGCGAGUCGCUCAUUAUUACGCCCAACCUCUCAUGUGCUCCAAAUCUCAAAACAUUGAAACUCUGGAAUUGCAAAAACUUGGUAGAAGCCCAUGAGUCAAUUGCAAAUCAUGACAAUCUCCAAGUCUUGCAUUUUGAAUGGUGCCCUGAACUUCGUGUUUUUCCAAAUGUGCUCAAGUCAAAAAAUCUUCAAGAUCUCAACUUUUCUGUUUGCUCAAAAUUUGAAAGAUUUCCCGAUAUCCCACAUGAACUUGGAUGCCUGAAAAAACUUUCCAUACUACAUACUGCUAUUAAAGAACUUCCCACAUCAAUAGAAAAUCUUGUCUCUCUAGAGAGAAUGCUCUUAGAUAUUUGCAAAAACUCAGUAAGCAUUCCAUCUAAUAUUUACAAGUUACAAAAACUUCAAUGCUUCAAAUCUGCUUUUGGCCCAAUCGUGUUUCCAAACCUCACGGAUUCAGCUAAUCCGUGCAUGAAGGUUGGACUUUCAAAUUUAAAAGUCUUAGACCUUCUCAAUUGUAAUCUGUUUGAAGUAGAGUUUCUUGAGGAUCUUUCUUGUUUUCCCUUCUUGGAAAAUUUAAUUCUGUCGGGAACAAUAUUACUAGUCUCCCUAUAUCCAUCAGUAAGCGUGAUCGUUUGUUUGAAUUGUCAAUUAGUUAUUGCCAUCGAUUACAAGAGAUUCCCAAGCUUCCGCCAUUUUUAAAUUUACUACUCGCGAAUGGGUGCGAAUCUCUACAAACAUAUGAACAUUUAACUUCAAUUGAUCAGUGGGUCCAUCAAGGAUUGACCGUGGUUGACACUACUUCAAUUGCCAAGGGAUUUCCUUGCACUACUUUUGAUCUCCUUUGCACUGCUUUUGUUCUCCCUAAAGGAGAGAUGCCAAAGUGGUUGAAAAUGGUUGAAAAUGGUUCUGUAUCUUUCAUGGCUUCAAAGGACUUAUAUGACAAGUUUCUUGGAUUUAUUUUUUGUGGCGUACGUAACAAUGAAGGCAAUGAGUGCAAAUUUUACUUGGACCAAUAUAUUAAUGGAAAAUACUA